GGUGAGGACACCUCUCAUUCUCCCAUGGGCAGAACGAGCACGGCUUUGGUGGCCCAGGAGCUGGUGGAUGACCAGACGGGGAAAGGCUUCGAGGCUGGCAUUGGUUUGCAGAGGGACCAGGAUGACAUUCUUCCGUGUGAAGGUGUGCAGCAAGGAGAGGAGGGUCUGUCAGCUGAAGAGAUAACAUUUUUGGAAGAGUUCCCCAUCGUGAAGGAGGAGCUAGAAGCAGGCAUCAGAAAGCUCCACGCCCUUGCAGACCACAUCGACACAACCCACAGAACACUCACCAAAACCAACAUGGCGGCCAACUCCAUGGCGGUGGUCUCAGGAGCCAUGAGCAUCCUGGCUCUAAUCCUUGCUCCAGCAACAGCAGGAGGAAGUCUGAUGUUCUCCGCUGCUGGUAAAGGUCUGGGGACAGCAGCUGGGGUCACCAGCAUCUUGACCAACAUUUUGGGACACUUUCGAAAUCAAGAAGCCCGAGCUCAGGCCAGCAGCCUAGUGCCCACCCGUGGCCACGAGGUCAGGGAGCCCGGGGGGCAGAAGGCAUCUUACCUCAUGGCUGUUGGAAAGAUGGCUUAUGAUUAUGGAAGUGCCAUCAAGGAUAUUAAGAAGGACAUCCGGGCCCUUCAGAUAGCUAGAGCCCACCCACGUCUGGCCACUGCUGCUAAGCGUCUCCUGACCACUGGCCGAGUCUCGGCCCGAAGGAGCAGGCAGGUGCAAAGGGCCUUUAAAGGCACGACGCUGCUGAUGACGACAAACAUUCGCUUGCUGGGGAGUGCGAUGGCGGGCUUAUCCCUCGGCCAGGACUUGACCGCCCUCCUGAAGGACUGGAAGCGACUGAAGGAAGGAGCAAGGACAAAGUCUGCGGAAGAGCUGAGGGCCCAGACCUGGGAGCUGGAAAGGACGCUGACAGAACUCACCCAGCUCUAUGAGAGCCUGAAGAGGAGGGUGAGGCUGACAUCUCCCUCUUGGGUGAAGCUGGGGGAGGGAGGCGGGAAGCUUGAACUGGGACUUAUGGGCACCAAGGUUUAUGGGAAAGCCCCUGACAACUACCAACCUCCUCUCUACCGCUGGGAAUGUGACUACUCCAGGUUCCUCAUAUGA